CCUGCGCGAUGACGUGGGCGGGCGUGCGCGGUGACGGCCCGCGUCCCUGUUACUCAGCGGAGCGGCGGAGGCCGGACAAGGCGGCCCGGGGCGCGGAGGCGCGAGCAGCGCUGGGUAACGGCCGCGGCGACCGCCCGGACGGCGCCGGUGCCCGCCGGCGGGCUCUCCUGUCGCCGUUGGCUGCGCUGCGGGGCUAAAGAGAAGAACACAACUUUAAACAGAGAUAGAAGAGCUCCUUUCAGCAUUUCUGAUAAGGGAGAUAUAAUGGUGAUGAACUCCUUCAGCUUUUGUUUAUUUAGCUUCUCGGUGAAUAUUUGGAUGAAGCCAUUAAAUUAAUUGCUGCCAUCAUGAGCAGAAGCAAGCGUGACAGCAACUUUUAUAGUGUAGAGAUUGGAGAUUCUACAUUCACAGUCCUGAAACGUUACCAGAACUUAAAACCUAUAGGCUCAGGAGCUCAAGGAAUAGUAUGUGCAGCUUAUGAUGCCAUUCUUGAAAGAAAUGUUGCAAUCAAGAAGCUAAGUCGACCAUUUCAGAAUCAGACUCAUGCUAAGCGGGCUUACAGAGAACUAGUUCUUAUGAAAUGUGUUAAUCACAAAAAUAUAAUUGGCCUUUUGAAUGUUUUCACGCCACAGAAAUCCCUAGAAGAAUUUCAAGAUGUUUACAUAGUCAUGGAGCUCAUGGAUGCAAAUCUUUGCCAAGUGAUUCAGAUGGAACUAGAUCAUGAAAGGAUGUCCUACCUUCUCUAUCAGAUGCUGUGUGGAAUCAAGCACCUUCAUUCUGCUGGAAUUAUUCAUCGGGACUUAAAGCCCAGUAAUAUAGUAGUAAAAUCAGACUGCACUUUGAAGAUUCUUGACUUUGGACUGGCCAGGACUGCAGGAACUAGUUUUAUGAUGACACCUUAUGUGGUGACCCGCUACUACAGAGCACCAGAGGUCAUCCUAGGGAUGGGCUACAAAGAAAACGUGGAUUUAUGGUCUGUGGGGUGCAUUAUGGGAGAAAUGGUUUGCCACAAAAUCCUCUUUCCAGGAAGGGACUAUAUUGAUCAGUGGAAUAAAGUUAUUGAACAGCUUGGAACGCCAUGUCCUGAAUUCAUGAAGAAACUACAACCAACAGUAAGGACUUAUGUUGAAAACAGACCUAAAUAUGCUGGAUAUAGCUUUGAGAAACUCUUCCCUGAUGUACUUUUCCCAGCUGACUCAGAACACAAUAAACUUAAAGCCAGUCAGGCAAGGGAUUUGUUAUCCAAAAUGCUGGUUAUUGAUGCCUCUAAAAGGAUCUCUGUAGAUGAAGCUCUUCAGCACCCAUAUAUCAACGUUUGGUAUGAUCCUUCUGAAGCAGAAGCUCCACCACCAAAGAUACCUGACAAGCAAUUAGAUGAAAGAGAACACACAAUAGAAGAAUGGAAAGAAUUGAUAUACAAGGAAGUUAUGGACUUAGAGGAGAGAACCAAGAAUGGAGUUAUACGAGGGCAGCCCUCUCCUUUAGGUGCAGCAGUGAUCAAUGGCUCUCAGCAUCCAUCGUCAUCGUCGUCUGUCAAUGAUGUGUCUUCGAUGUCAACAGAACCGACUUUGGCCUCGGAUACAGACAGCAGUCUGGAAGCAUCAGCUGGACCUCUGGGCUGCUGUAGAUGACUACUUGGGCCUUGGGGAGGUGGGAGGCUGGGAGGGAUGGGGAGUCAUUUAGUCAUUGAUAGAACUACUUUGAAACAAUUCAGUGGUCUUAUUUUUGAGUGAUUUUUCAAAAAUGUAGAAUUCAUUUUGUAGUAAAGUAGUUUAUUUUUUUUAAUUUCAAGUGAUGUAAUUUAAAACUUAAGUUGUGUUUUAAAACAGCAACAAAACUGUAUUGUAUUUUUGCUGUAAUUAACUGUAUAAUGUAAACCUAAUUAUUUUAUCAUGGUUUAAAUUUUUGCAUAUUUGCUUUAUCUUAUGCUGCUGAUUUUUUUUUUACUGAAUUUGUAAGAUUUUGUUUAUCAAAGCAAUUAUGUGGUGACUUGCCUAUAUCAUGAAUUAUUUAAGAUUUUUAUAGUUUUUUUAUUAGAAUUUAUUUUAAAUGUUUUGUUCAUGAUGCUAUCCUUCAGGGUUAUGUGCUUAUUGAUGAAAUUACACCCUGAGGAGUGAGGGAAAAUAACCUGUAGCCAGUUAUAUUCAGGAAUAACUACUGUAAAUGGUGAACGUGUUUUAAAAACCUCCAACAUUUGCUACUUGCCAAUCUUAAUUUAGUUAUAACAAAACUAUUGGUAGUUAAUUCUAUAUGAAUAUUGGCAAAAAGCCCCAUCAUUUAAAUGGCAGAAUAGCUCAGAACAUGUCUUUGAAUAUGUUGAGUAUCUGCCACCAUCACCCUCUUUUCCCCCCACCUCACCUGACAAAAGUAAAAUUAUGAGAGUAUGAUGUUUUCUGCAAAUUUGUGGCAUGCUCAAAGCUUAUGAUCACAUAAAGUCAAGAGGAUACUUCAUGAAUAAUACAUUUCAAUGCAAAUAAACAGAUGGUUCACUUCUACUAGCGAUGAGCCUGUUUUUGUAUACACUGAGUUAAUCUACUCAGGCUGUAGGUUCCAGCAGUGGUUUAGAGUCUGGUCUUCCCUUUCCUGCAGCCUUGGGCCCUUGGACCUUUCCAGUUUCCUAUUAAAGUGUCAGUCAGUUGAGCACCAAUUCUCACGGUGUUUCUGGCCAUUUGAUUCUACCUGUGUAGCAUAAUCAUCUUUGUACUAGAUCUCGGGAGGUUCCAAAACCUACUUAGAUUUAUGUAGGUGAUGUAUCAAAUGAGCAAUAUACCGUUCAUCUGAAAAUAGUAGCACACAGCCAUAUUAUAGGAUAUCAUUUUCUAAGGACUGUUUCUUCACAUUGAGCAGAGCAGACAUAAGUGGUGGUUAUUUUGUCUGUCUCAUUUUUUUAUAUCUGAUUUCCAAUAAAACAUGCAAUGUGGAUGUUGAGUAGUGUAAGAAUGGUGCUGCUCCUGACUAGUGUGUGUUAACUGUUUACAUUUUAUACCUGCAGGAUUAUUUCUUAUAACUGAAUUUUUCUUAAGUAAACUAUCAUUGAAUUCUCAUUACUUUUCUCUAAAAUACAUUGUCUGUAAUUUUCCCAGGCACCUUUUUGUCAUUUUUGAAAUAAGGAGUUUCAUAUAGUGACUUGAAGUGCAUACUUAUAUGACAAGGUUCUAGGCAAAAAGUCCAUUAGAAAUGACCAACAGGAGCUAGAACUGGUAAAGCUCAACAUAUAUUGAAAGUUCACUUGGCAUGUUAUUCUUAAAUUUAGUACAAGAUUCCUUUUGAGUAUUUUAUUUAGGUCAUUGUUAAUGUGCAAUAUGUAGGAUAUAUUACCCCUUUUAUAUGCUUUGAAAAUAACCAGGUUUUUUUUAAUGGUCCAAAGUCAUGAUUUCCAGCCACUUUUAAGGCUAUCAGCCUUUUUAUUAGUCCCUUUUCUAUCCAUAAUACAAUAUGACAUAUUGUUCAUUUAGAAAAUUAUGGAUUUACAGGUAAUACUUUUUGAAUUGUAGAAACAGAAUGAGACUUAACUAUUUCAGAAAUCUGAGCAUUUGUGUGUACUUAGUUUAUUUUAAUUUAGCAGUUAGCUUUAUUUUCUCUAAAGAGAUUAUUUCACUAUUGCACUUUAACAACUGACAUGCUGUCAGCCGUUUCCCAUGUUUUAUGUUUUUCCAUAAACAUCUCUGUUGAUAAAGAUUUUCGUUAAGUGAAGAAAGCCAGGUGUUCCUAUGUAUCAUUUAUUAUAAACGCCAGCUCCCACUUGCCAGUCAACAUGUUUUGGUUGAUUCAGGGGAAAAAAUAAAAAAUCUUAUUAGAGGAGACUAAAAUAUUAAAAUUACAUCCUUGAAAAAAAGUCAGUUAAAUGUUGCCUGCCCUGAUAUAUUUUAAAAUACAUUAACUAUACUUGUAAAUGCAGCCUUUUCUUUUCUUAAAUCUGUUAAACUAAAUCUGUAAUAUUUCUUUUUUUAUUUUCUAUGUUUUUUUUACUCUUAAACCAAUUUGGGGUUAUUUUAAAGAAAAACACACAAAGAAGAUUGCUGCCAAAUAGUACUUACAUAAAGCCACCUUUGUUAUAUAUAAUUUUCAUAAUUCAAAUAUACUCAAUACAAUCAUUGUCUUGCUACCAGAAAAAAAAAAAUCUUUUGACCAAAAUUUGUGAUUCAGCUUUUUGCAGAUUUUUCUUUCUGGUUAGGUUACACUAAUUUGGUUGCGCUACUACUUUCUAUGUAUUUCUUCCUCAUUACUAUUCCAUUAUUUAUCUUCUACUAUAUAGUGAUCAUUUGUAAAAAUGAUGGUGUUUUGGGGAGUGCUUAAACACAACAUACAUAGGUAGAGCAUCUCAAAUCUGUUUGCCAACAGUUCUCAGUUUGUCACACAUCUUUGACUGCUGAUUGUCCUGGUAUGAGUCUUUCAAGUUGGUAAAGGUACUGUGUUUACAUCAGAUUUUCUAAGAGAAAUGCCAGCCUUUCAAAUGAGAAAGCUACCCCACACCCACCCCCUUAAUCGUAGAGAAGCUUAACUGUAUGUAAAGCAGCAAACUCCCUCCCCCCCAAACCUAUUUGUUGUUUUGCUUUAUGCUAAUCCUGCUACGUUGUCUCAAAAGAUAAAAAGGAUGUCUGAGAACUUGCAGCAGGCAGGCAAGUGGAGCUGUUUCGGGGUAACGGAUAAAACUUGUUAUACACUACCGGCCAGUAUGUGCUACACAUAUGGAGACCUAACAACUCAUUGUUGCCUAGGCACAAGCCUGCACAACAUUUUGAGGUUAAAACAUAAUAGUCUAUUUUCAAAAUUACUGUUGUAGUUUGUGAGUGUUGGUCAUUAGUCACAUUGUAGCUGUAGAGUGAAUGCAUGAAGCCCUAUGACCCCAGUAAACUUCUCUUACUGUAGAAAAACCAAGCAACACCAUUCUGUCAUUAGCAGCCCUUAUAAAUGUUGCCUCCAGAUCCUUUACAUUUUAGUAUACAGUGUGUUUCUCUUGAUCUCUCUUAGGUUUUUCCUGAAUCGGAGGAAAUUAAUUUUUCCGUAGUUGCAAGAAAGAUAAUGUAAAGGGCAUUGAAGCAGAAGCGUAUAGUUUGGGGUAUGAUUACAAAAUUCGCAAGGAAAACAAAAGUUCUAAUUAAUUUUAAACUAACUGCUCUUAGUUAAGUGCUCUUAAGGAGAGUCUAGUAAGAGUAACAACUUUGUGGCCAUUUCUGGGUUAGAUUCUCUUUGUUACUGAAACUUUUGAGAAAUAUUACCUGUGGAUUAGUUUUGCACAAUGUUCUAUUCUCACAAUAACUAAUGAAUUAGAUUUUUAUUGAACUACCUCACACUAAUUUUCUAUGCUUUCCCAAGUAAGCUGUUGCCCUGUUAGAUCUUUACUGAGUGUGAAUUAUAUGUGUUAAGUACUUUAUAGCCAAUGUCAACACAAUACCAGUAAGUAUGUAAAAUACAUACCUUGCCAUCAGUAAGAGAGAUGUGUAGAUUCUAUCGCUGUAGUUGUUGGAAAAUUGUUAGAUGUGGUUGUUGGACAUUAUUACUGUUUUUUGUAAGUAGAAACCUGCUCGUGAUAUCAGUCCAUUCUUUACAUUUUACAAAAGAAAUAAAUCUUAGUAAAUUUUACGAAGAAAUGAAUUACUUUUGUAGGCCCGAUAUUUGGUAUAUUUUUGAGAAGCUCUUAAUCUUUUAGCUGAAUGAUGAAGUUAAACUAAACUAGCGGUCUACCUGGACUGUGACAUCUAUUUUCUCAUUACAGAUUAUUCUGUACAGUAGGUUUUAAAACCUGAAAACCUAACUAUGAUACUGGACAUUUGCUUUUUCUCCCUAUCUGCCAUUCCUUCUUCAUUCCUCUCCCCUGUGUUCCAUUCCCUCUCCCUCCUCUAGACAAAACGAAAUGGGGCACAUUGUAGGGAAUGCUGAGAUAAUUAUUGUGGUUUUGAAUCAUUCAUGCCCUGGUCAUCAAAUAUGCACCACUGGAAUGUAAACAAUGUUACCUAGUAUGUUAAUUGGUUAUAAUAUUUUAAAUAAAAAAGAAAAAAGUGGUAUGGAAAUUACGAAA